AUGUUCUUAAGGUGAAUAGAAUUUCUACGUAUGUCCUCAUUAAGGAUUGUCCUUAAUUUCCUAGCUGGACUUGGAGUCCUGGCCAAUAUGUUUCUCCUUGUUUUCUACACUUUCAUAAUUCUAGGUCACAAACCUAAGCCCACGGACUUGAUCUCCUGUCACCUGACCUUCAUCCACAUAGUGCUGCUCAUCACUGGAGCAGAUAUUUGGCUUUGGGACAUAUUUGAGUCACUACACAUUAAGAAUGACUUCAAAUGUAAGACAUCGUCUUAUAUGAGCAGGGUGAUGAGAGGCCUCUCCAUCUGCAUCACCUGCCUCCUGAGUGUGUUCCAAGCUGUCACUAUCAGUCCCAGUUCCUCCUUGUUGGCAAAAUUUAAAAAUAAACUAAAAAAGUACAUGAUAUCUUCUUUCUUAUUUAUUUGGUCUUUCAACUUGUCAUUCAGUAGCUACCGAAUCAUCUAUGCUGGUGCUUUUACUAAUAUGAGUGAGACCAACCAGAUGAAGGUCACUGCAUUCUGCUCACUCUUCUCCAUGAACUACAUCAUCAGGGCACUGAUUUUAACAGUGGCAAUCUCCAGAGAUGUAUUUCUUGUAGGAGUUAUGCUGACCACAAGUGCAUACAUGGUGAUUAUCUUGUUCAGGCAUCAGAGACAACACAAGCAUCUUCACAGCCUCAGCCACCCAAGAGCAUCUCCUGAGAAAAGGGCCACACAGACCAUCUUGCUGACGGUGGCUUUUUUUGUGGUCAUGUACUGGGUAGACUUCAUCAUCUCAUCCACCGCAGUUCUGUUAUGGCUUUACUUCCCAAUCAUCCUGAGUGUUCAGAAGAUUGUGAUGAAUGUCUAUCUCACAAUUGCUCCUUUGAUACAAAUUAAUUCUGAUAGCAGAAUAAUCAAUAUGCUAAAACAAUGCAGUCUUUGUGCCACCAUAUUUUCAAAAAGAGAU